CUCGUCGUCCUCAACCUCACCAUCAUCUCGUGGCCUACCCCCGCCAUCGAUGGCCUACAAUGGCUAUCGCGACGUUAUCACUGAAUCAGACAGCUUUCACACCAGCGAUACGGAAUCAGACCUUUCGGAAGUAGCCCAUCUAGCCACUUCGCACGGCCCAGCUCUAUCUACCACUUCGGGUGGCUCGUCGUCAGCCCGCUCCAUCACAUCGACCUUUUCUGCACUCGAUGCCGAAGAUAUUCACUUCUUCGAUGAGCUCAUAUCAAGCUUGGCGCUCGGUGAUGGCUCUUUUGCCUCGCUCAAGCGUGCCUACGAGGCUCUACGCCCGCAAGACGAGGAGAGGGACGCGCAUCGCUGGGAUCUGCUGCUGAGCCUCGUGCGCGUACAGGGCAGGGACUGGAGCGAGCGAUGGGACGCGGUUCGACUUUCUUUGGGGAUGGAUAUGAGAGGGGGAGACAACACUGCAGCAAUGGAUAGCGAGACGACAAUGGAAAGCGACGCAGAUACGGUGGGACCAGCUGGCAGCGACGCAGCCACGAUCACUGGACAGUGGACGCAGGAGGAGAGUCAGAGCGAGGGGAGCGAUGCGGAUCAGAGCAGCGACGAGCAAGAGGAAAAGGAGACCUGGGCGUCAGGUCCUUCAACGCCACGUAACUCCUCGCAGCAAGCAGCCUCAGCACUCCGCGCACGCCUAGACGUCCUCACGCAACAAGCCAGCCAGCUAGCCCUGGACGCCCGCACCCCUUCGCGUCCUCGCAUCAACGGCAGUGUCGCCUUGCUCCUCGACUCACCAUCGGCCGAGUCGCCGUCAUCCUCCGAUCAGGAUCGGGCGACGCAAACCCUCGCACAACGACGUAUGAGCGCCGUCCUCUCGAAUCGCGAGCCUCUACGCGCAGCCGCGCAACGACGCGCAGAAGAAGGCGAGGAGGUCGCUUGGUCGCGCUCGAAUCGUCUGGCGCAGCAACAUUUCGAGCGUCGUCUCCUCGCAGUGAGUCUGGGUUGGUGGGCAGGACAGGCCGAGGAGCGUCGUGCCCGCAUGCAGCGUGUAGGGAUGGCGAGGGACAAUUUGGUGGUCGGGCGCGCGUGGCACCAGUGGAAAUCGCUGUCGGUCGACCCGAACGAUGCACAUUGUCAGAUGGCACUGCGAGCGGACGAGGUACGCUUGCUCCUCACUCCAUGGCGAGCAUGGCGCCGCCGCGUUGCGGAUAGGAGAGAGAAGAGGUGGGAGGAGCGCAAGAUUGGCUUGAAGGAGUGCUACGUAGUCGUCAAGGAGGGAAAGGAGCAACGGGAGACGCGUCAAGCCUGGGGUGCCUGGCGAGAAGCUCUCGCCGAUCGACGAAGCGCAAAUUUCCGCAAUGGACACUUGCUGGGCGGCGCCUUCUACCUUUGGCGGAUCAAACAAGGGGUCAGCGAGCAGCUCGGUGGGUUGCUGCGACAGUGGAAUGAGGCGCACCCGCCAGAAAGAGACGGUGAAAGGCUGCGAGAGAUUUGGGAGCUUUGGAGGAAGCGCACGUCCCUCGAGGGAACAAGCCGCGCCUAUGAGCGACUAUGUGUGCAGAGAAGGGCGCUGGGCAGCUGGCUGCAAGCGGUAGCUGAGGCGUCGAUGAAGAAGAGGAGAAUGGCGCAGGCCGAGAGGCAGCAGGCAAGGGCGACAUUGAGGGCGGCGUUGGGGCAGUGGAAGCGGGCAAGAUCCUCGGUGCGACAACGAGAAGCAAAAGCCAUUGCCUUCCGACAGGGCCAAGAUGCCGGACUUGCUGCUCAGGCGGUUCAACACUGGAAGCUUUCCAGCCGUCUCUCGCUCUGGUCAAGGGUCAGAGAAGGCAGGCAACAGAUGGCGGCCUUGCAAGCUUGGCGGUCAAGGCUACAAGAUGUUACCGUCGUCCUGCCGCAGCGCAGCCAAGCUCUCGUAGCCAGACGCAACGCGUUCACGGUCUCUGCGUACUUCACUCGCUGGCUUCGCGCCCUCAGCUCCCACAAAGAGGACUCGAGUCUCGCCACGUCCCACUUGCAUCAGCGCACACGCCUCGCCUUCUUCGCCCAGUGGCGCAAAGCAACCCAAAGCCACACUCUCAACACAGAGCGCGCCCUCGCAGCUCGCGACUGGUUCCAGCAGCGCACCGCCUUCGACACUCUCCGCUCCCGUCUGCGCAAUGUCAAGCGACAGAGGCUCGAAGUGCAACACGACAACCGCCUCAUCGCCCGCGUGCUGGCCACCUGGCGCCAACGCUCAGCACAACAAGCUCUGGACCGCUUGCGCGUCUCACAAGUCCAGUCACGUCUGGACGAAGGACGCACACGGGCGGCGCUGAGCCGAUGGACAGCUGCGGUGAUCGAGCGUCGUGCCCUUGUACUCCAAGUUGCAGAAGUCCGAGACGAACGCCUCGCCUCUCUCGCCCUCCGCAAGUGGGUCACCCAAGCCCGACGGGUCGCCGAACUAAACUCCCUGGCGCAAAGCUCCCUCGACGUGAAGCGCCACGAAUCCGCCCGUCGUGUCCUGCAUGAGUGGGCUCGCCGAUACAGAAAACAUCGUCUCGUGCGCGAGAGAGGGGAAGAGGCUGUGCGCGAUCGCGAAGUGGGGCUGUUGCGUGGCGCAUUAGAGCGAUGGGAGGAUGCUUGGCGCGACUCAAGCUUGAGGGAGAACGAGAUGGCCGUCCUGCAGCUACGCCAGCGGAGGGUGAUGGGCCAGGCACUGGGCAAGUGGGUGGAGCGCACCAAGCCUAUUCCUGCGCUUCAUUUCCAUGGCAUGAGACUCAAGAUUGCUGCGCUGCGCAAGUGGAAGGAGGCUCUUCCCCUUGCCCUGGAUCGACGACGUGCUGAUGAGGCUUAUGAGGGCAGUACGUUGCGGAAGGCAAUGGCUUUCUGGUGUGAGAAGGCAAAGGCGCGACGGGGAGCGAGAGCUGCGGAGCGAUUUGGCGGGCAAGCAGUGGGGAAAAGGUUGAGGAGACACUCUGCGCGCGUGACGGGGGUGAGGAGUCCUUUCGUCGUGAGGCCAGGCAGGAGGAGCUUGGGCCCGAGUGAGGAGGGAGUGGUGGAGGAGCAGAGGAGCGGAAGCCGUAUGGCAGAGUCGCCUCGUCUCAUUGCGAACCAGUCACCAACGCCAUCCUCGCGGUCUUCGCUUCAUCGCCUUCGUCAACCUCCACGGCCGGCCUCAUCCUCAAGCUCUUCAUCAUCGGCGCGCCGCUUCCGCCCGCAGGAAGACGAUGGCGAAGAAGCAGACCCACCAGCGACCCUGCCCACUUUCUCCAGCACAUCUUCCACUUCCCACGACAAAGACCGAGCAGGGCUCUACCGCAGUGCUCUCACGGGUCGGGCGCGUAGCGAGAUCCUCCGCCCAUCUUCUCUGCCUCCAUCUGCGCCCUCAGCCAUCUCCACCAUCGCUGCCGAGGAAGACGAUGACGCAGCAACGCGUACUCCUCUAGGCGCAGCGCGACGUUCUCGACCACUGAGCGUGCGCUCCGAGGCGGGCACCACCACGCCACGCGCUACGGCUUGGGCGAAAGCGAUGAAGUCUGCUGUUGCGGCGAGUGGGACUCCCACGUCUGCCGGUUCUGCUCGGAGGAGGGGGAAAGCAGGGCAAGACGAGGGGGACCGCGGAGGGGAGGGAAGCGCUAUGAGACGACGUAGGGGUAGCAUGGACUUCUUGGAGGAGUUGAGGAGAAGGAGGAGGGAGAUGAGGUAAUGAUACCGGUCUGCUCGGUCAAGCAUUGAAGCUGCGUUUUUACCAGUAUCGUCCGGUCAACAUCGCCACUGGCGGCUCGAUACCCACUCACUCAGGCUUAAGCAACACCCUGCAAUGUACAGUAUUUUCGGCUGCAUAGCCGGGCACGAGGAAACGGCGGCCCACUCGCGACAUUUGAGCGAUAGUUGAACUUGAGCGA